UGUGUCAAAGAUGGAGUCACUCAAGGAUCUCCCGAAAAAGAUCGGAGACGGAACCAAAAAGUUCGGGGAAGGGACUAAAAAGAUUGGUGAAAGUAUAUUCGAUGGCACCAAAAAAAUAGGCGAAAUGACCUUGUCUGGCACUCGACGACAGUCGAGAACAGGUUUGCAAAGGACUGGUCUGAGCAGAGUCCUUCGGAUCGAUGAAGGUAACGGUCACAGCAUGAGUAGCGUGCGUGGUAUAAACAAUACUCAAAGCAACGCGUCAGCUUCCACUGCGGGGAAAUCUAGGAAUGUCUCUCAAAACCGUACCGAAGUAGGUUCGAUGGUCAACAGGAAUGCAGCUACUAAUACCGACUGGGAUCGCAAAAAUCCCCCGGGACGACCUAAACCACCAGCAAAACCUCCGCCGCCGAAGGUGGUGGCAUCUUCAGACUACGAGCUCAAGUUGUUGAAAGGGGAUAUUCUGGAUUUCGAACAAGAUAUCACUGAAGAAAUUAAGGAGCUGGCUGUAAGCGAACGCAACAGAUUGCUUUCCAAGCUGAAGGACGUGAACCAUUCAAUGUUGAGCUACCAGAUAUCCCUGAAUGAAAAUUUUCCCUUGGUGGAUAGUCUGAAUGACCUGCACGAUCUAGGCACCUCUCCUCGAGUCUCCACACUGUCCUCAGUGAAGAGGCAUUUGAAGAGAUCUUCGUCGGCCCAGGUGCAGUUCCCACGGCUAUCGGCCACGUUUCAUUCGAACAGGCAUAAUAAGGACACUGACUGGGUUGAGAAAGAACAAGCGCGAAGAAGACCGUCACUUCAAUUGCCGCGGCGAGGCAGUCUGCUGACCGACGAUACGAUUGCGCAGACCGGGCUUUCCCUCGCACCUCGAGAUAGCAUGCUUUUGCGGGGGCCAUGGGGAAGUCCGAAAUCUCGGCCAAGAGCAAGUUCAGCCACCGCGGUUAAAGGAGGUGAGGCCAGGUCGGUAGUCGAUACUGGGGCUGUAGCACAGCCUGUUCCUUACCAGCCCACCCAUGACUUUCCUAGAAAGCGACAUAGCUUCGAUGGGUUACGUGACGGCAAUAAGACUGGGGCGACCCCCCAAACGGAGUUUUCGACAACACCUUACGCGAAGGAUAUCGGAAAUGAAAGUAUACCUAAUGCAGCUGGUGAUAUCUUUGAUAAGAGAGAAGUCGAAUCAGGUCCACGAAAUGUCUCUGAGGAUGGAGAUCGAACGAAGUAUGCACAUAACGGGGCAGGAGCUGAAAGCAAGUCAAGCCCGUUGUCGCAACCACUAUCGAGUCCGGUGUAUAGAUUUGAAGGUAAAGAAGACAAUGUUUCGGCAUUUGCUGAAGAGCAGGUUGAAAGUUGGGGCCUUGCUGAUACUGAAGCGCGGGAGAGUGGAAGUCUAGAUUCGAAAGUGCUCGAUUUGCCCGAAAGCGAUGGUGAUGACAAGAUGUUUUCUGAUUUAGGAGAGACAAGUGAGCAGACGAAUGAGGCCAAACCUGAUGACGUACGAGACACCAGUGAUCAGGGUAGCUUAGACAGUGUGAUACUGCACAGUAGUCCUGGCACCUCUGCGCAACACCCCGAAGAUGUGUGUAGCAGCGGACCACCACGGUUCACUGUGGAAAUACAAGAUUCCAAGGGCGAUCUCUGCAAAGAACAAAUGGCUGACCAUCAGACGCCAGACAUCGGAGGGACUAUACCUUCGGACUUGAAUACGUCGGAUUCAGGAUCUGUGAAUUCAGUGAGAUCCAACAAGCCCAUGCCACCGAAACCGUAUGCACGAGGUCAUGCGCGGGCGACCGCCGAAGGUACAAAAGACGUUCCGAUAACACAAACGCAGCAGCAAAAACAGGAAGCUGCCAUACCAAAUAGACUGCAGCGCACCAAGAGUCCCACGCCAGGCUCUUACAGGAGAAUAAGUGGGAGUGAGAAAACACCACCGUCGAACACGGAUGGGCCGCCAUCGCCUAACAUGUCGUACAGGAUGCCCGCCACAGUGAAGCCGCAUAAUUCACACUCGGCAAGACUUUCAAAACAACUGCGCCAGGCUGAAAUAAGAAUUAAAAUGCUAGAGCUUUACGCUCGUUCGCUGGUUCUGAAGAAUGUGGACCUCGAAUUUCAAAUGAAAGAUUUGAAGGAAGUCGAUAUGACGGAAAUAUUCACAACCAAGGACGGGGCACUGAUCAUGUCAGAAGUCUACACAGCAAGCCCCACCGUCUCUCGCACUGUUACGGAAAUGCAACCAGCUUCAAGCACACACAGCAUCGUUGACUUCCAAUAUGAUAGCGAUACAGUUGGCUCCAAUAGCACAGCUGAACUCAACGGGCAGUCUUCUGACCCUAAAACGGCUUCCAAAUCCUUGCUAUCACCACGUGGGGGUGCGGAGAGCGUGGACAGUCUCAGUUCCGGCCGACGUUCGCGCGUGGACAGCGUAGCGUCCACUAGUAUGUACGUCACGCCUGUCAGUAGCAUAUUGUCAAAUAUGUAUGCCACGCCCGGGCUGACACCAGUGGCUACCGUGGAUGGGUUGUCUGUAGAUGCUUCGGUUGAUGCGAAACAAAGUCGGUCCAGCGACAAGAUUUCUGUAUCGGGCAUGCUGAAUGGCGCUGUCGAAGAAUUGGGCCCUGGAGAUGACAUCAGCGAUAAGACCGUUUGUACCUGUAGGAAGAACACUACUUAUAGCAGGCCAAAGCCGGAUUCGCGACGUGGAACGGGCACUGCACAGUCGCAGGCAAACGAUCAGUCUAGUAGUCUCAUCUCAUCGCAAGCAAGCCUACGUGUUCUGCAAGCGCACCCAGGACUACAGCUGACGAGCCGAACUAACAGCGUGAUGAGUUCACCGGGGAGUCACAGUCAUUCAAACGACACCCUGUACUUCGACGCGCUGCACAACACCUCGACCAGUGACUUGUUGAAGUUAAAUGCGGAUGUGCAGGAGUUGUUUGAUAACGGGGACUUAGAUAACGUUUUGCACGGGAUGGAGAUCAUCAAAACGGCGAAGCAGAAUUUAGAUACGAUCGAUAACGAUAGAAAAGAUUUAGAAAUUAAUAACAAAACUACUGCUGUCCGCGAGGAGCCGGACAAAAUGGGUUUAGUAGCUGCGAUCAAGCAGCUGGCAGCAAAGAAUCGGAGCACCCGUAGCAAUGAAGAGAAGAAGUUCGGUACUGCGAACCCAGCCGAUGAUGAUGCACGCGCCAGGGAUGAGUCCAGUAAUAUAAAAAGUGCUAAAGGUGGUGAAACCAGCCAGGACAUGCACAGUGACAUUAAUAAGAUUAAUCUGAAUAGCGAAGUGACCGCUGUAUCGAGCGCGAUGAAAUUGUUGUAUGGGCUCAAUCCUUUCUCGACCCGAGCCUCGGGUUCCAAAGAUGGAUCUGAGAAGAAAUCGAGGGAGAGUAGCGCUGCAAGCAGUAAUGACAACUUACAAAAGUACAUCAGAACUGAUAAAAAUGCAAUUCCAAACACGGAGAAAGCUAGUAUCCCCCCGGCGAGUGCAGGUAUAGCCAAAGGGUCGAGUGUGGAUACCGUCGAGGUUGACAACAAACAGUUGGAUAAGCGUACAAGCGACCUAACACUUCCAUGCCCAGGCGUGAAGUUGGUUGUCACUCCAAUAGGGUUUGAUGACGAGCCUAACAGUAAAGACGUCGUAGAAAAGAAUCUCUAUAAGAGUGCAGAUGCUGAUCCAGAUACUAGGGAAAGGGAGCGACAAGGCCCUCGAACAGAAGCGCGAGAAACAUCGAAUGCAACCGUCGGAGUCGUACAACCAGCAAGCAGCAGGCAGAGGAAGAAUGCCAGUACUGCUAGUGACUACUUUGAUGAAGAUGGUUUCGUAUGUAUGUACAAUGGCGUACAGCCAGACCCAUUACAGGUGCUAGCUCAGUCGCAGGAUGCAACCAUGCAUUCUCCCGAACUGUCACCAUUGCUGAGUGCAGAAAAAUCGCAAGCCAAAGCGCCUCAACUUGAUGCCACGCACGUGACUAGUGCUGGCAGCAGUGAUGGCCCAGGCACUGCAUUCGCAAAGCCCUUAGCUCAUAUCGAGUCCCUGAGAACCAAAACUCGCCAUGUAGUUCCGAUUGCGAGUCAUUUGGCUGUCGUAUCCGUACCUGGGGCCACUGGAGGAACCAGUGACGGCCCGACCUAUGAGACGGAAGGAACCGACGCAGGUACAGACUUAGUCCCACAUGCUACGGAGCCCACAGAAUCGGAAACUGGUGGCUUAGUGGAUCAGCACAAACCCAUAACAGGUGAGGUGUGUAUGCUAUCAGUGGCAGCUGCAGGUGCACAGGGAUCGCUCGACACACAGCCAUCAAAAGUACCAGCACAACCGCAAGGAUGGACACUAAUAAAAUCACCACCGGACACACAGAUAGAAUCAUCACCACCCCCGCAAAUACAACCACCACAGCAAACACAUUUAGAAGCACACUCGCCGCUCGAAACGGACGCACAUACACCCCCACGCACAGAAGCAGAAACACUGGCACAGGUAUCAGGAAUUGAUGACAAACCAGUGGUCGACUUAGACAAUAUGUUGGAUGAUAGACCAGAGGAUAGUGCAUCCGGUGUUGAAGUGGAAAGCUGGGAACGAUUGGAUACGAUCAUGAUCAAGUAUAAAGCGACGAUGGCCAGCAAACUACCAAUGCCGGAGUCUAUACUGAAGAAACCUGGACAGAGGCGGAAGGGGGAUUGUAGGAAAGAUCCGGUGCAAUUCAAUCCCUUGACCGUGUGGCUGGAUGCUGCCUUGUAUGGCGACAUCGAGACUUGCAACAGUAUGAUAGCGUCUGAUGUGGAUGUGGAUUGGGCCAAUAAUGAUGGUCUGACGGCUCUGCACAAUGCGUGCUGCGGUGGCCACUGCGACAUUGCGCUUCUGCUUCUAGAGUCUGGUGCAAACCCUAAUUGUCGAGACGUUGAUGGAUGGACACCUCUCCACGGUGCGGCGGCCUUUGAGGACGAACCUGUGAUCGAGUGCCUACUUCAUUACGGAGCAGUUAUAAAUAUAGAAAACUCGGAUGGCGAUACCCCUAUCUCUCUAGCUGAACACGAGAAUAUCAAGCGUCUACUCGAGAACCACGACGCGAAGAAGCACAGCUGCGAUUACGCACGUGCUGCUUUCGCCUACACCCCACAGAAUUCCGAUGAAUUGGCUCUGGAGAUUGGGGAAAUAGUUGAAGUGGACCAUAGCAAGAACGAGAGUGCAGAUUGGUGGUGGGUUACCAAAUACGGCAUGAACAUACAGGGUUUCGCUUGUAGCCGGUUCCUCAUUGCAAUUAAUAUAGGCGACCUCCCUUAUCCGAAGCAAUCUGAGGGAGUGCUUUCCGAAACAACUCGAUUUCAAGAAAAUCUACCACAGGAACUUGGAGAUUAAACUUCGAUGUUGUAUUGCUGUAGAUCUAACACAAAAACACAAUAUUUAUGUCGGGUACGGAUUCACAAGUACUGUUCAUGGCGACAAGUAACACACUGGAGAACGAAUACAGAUGCGGGUCGGAUUGUCGAUCCUUAAAUAUAUGGUACGAGAGAUAAUUCGACCGUAAUGGCCCUCAUCAUCAACUACCGCGAUAGUAUCACAAGCAUGGGCCCUGCGCUGACAGUUCCAACAUUCGCCAUCACAGCAGUGCCUGAAAUCAGUAGGCGAACACAAACACGCCACAAAUUGAUUGCCCGUUGACUAUUAUCGAAAAGUUUAAACUAGUGAUACACUGCUUCACUGUAAUUAAAGUAGAACC